AUGUCACCCCCAGCAGCAGCAGCCCCGCCCCUCCUCUCCUCCCACUCCCCCACCGACGUCUCAACGACCUGCGCUACCUACGCCCUCACCACGGCCGAGUUCCACGGCCUGCACGCCCGCAGCGCCGCGGCCAAAGCCAGCGCCUACUGCCCGUACUCGCGCUUCCGGGUCGGGGCCACGGUGCUGACGCGCGCGGGCGCCUUUGUCGACGGCGCGAAUAUCGAGAACGCCGCGUACCCCGUCGGGACGUGUGCCGAGCGCGUUGCGUUCGGGAAGGCGGUGACUGAGGGCCACUAUCGAGGGGCUGGGGAGGGAGGAGAGGAGAAGCAGGGGAUGGAGGGGAGGGGAAGGGGGUUCAAGGCUGUGGCGGUUUGUACGGAUAUUAGUCCGCCGGCCAGCCCGUGUGGGAUGUGUAGGCAGUUUAUUCGCGAAUUCUGCGACCUGGACACCCCGAUUCUGAUGUUUGAUAAGGAUGGGUCGUAUGUGGUUAUGAGGCUGGAGCAGCUGCUGCCGAUGUCUUUUGGUCCUGAGGCGCUUCCUUCGCCGGGCUCGGCUGGUGCACAGGGCUGA